UGAGAGCGAACCGUCGGACAAGUCCUGCCUGCUCCUCUUCCGGUCUGUGUUCUUCCUCUGGAGAGCGGUUGGACAUCGAGCGCUGUGCCUCGGAGAAGAUGGCGGGCUGUCAUCCAAGCCGCGGCCGAAAGUCGUCUCGAGAUGGCCAGCGACUCUGGUUUGCCGUGCCGGUGGCGGCGAUGGCGGUGUUGUUGGCAUUGUCUUCGCUGCCCGCUUCUGCUUAUGGCUAUGGGGUGAAAGAGUUCAUGAAGGCCUACAGGAAUCCCAAAGUGUCGCGCAUCGAGGUCAAGGGCGACGUGAUCCUGAGCUCCAGCCUUCCGCCGCUUAGCCGCAAUCUCACCAUCCUCGGAUUGGGACGGAAACGCCCCGUGAUCGACGGCAGAGGCAGGUACGCCGGUAUCGAGACUGGCAGCAGGUUGACGGUGAAGAACGUGGAGUUCAGGGGCUUUGUCACGCGGCGGGAAUGGGGCGGAGCUGCGAUCCACUCGAGCGGGACGGACAACGUGUUCGAGAGCUGCGUGUUCCGCAACAACAGGGCGCUGGGGAAGAAGAACCAACUCGAAGACUCUUACGGGUGCGGCGGCGCCGUGUCCUUCUACGACGGGACGUGGGCUAUCAGCAAGUGCCAGUUCAUCGGCAACCGGGCGGAUUCGUACGGAGGUGGUUUCUACGCGGUCAGCGACAGCAACGGCAAAAUCACCCGCAGCACGUUCAGGAACAACUACUCGGGGCGCAGGGGCGGUGCCGUGACGGUGCGAGACUCGUCCGCCGCCAUCGGGGGAUGCACUUUCCAGGGCAACCAGGAGAACGGCGAAGGCGGCGGGGCGCUGUCCUGCUCGAAGGCGUCGUGCGUCAUCUGGGGAAACGCCUUCAAGAACAACGUGGCCAAGGGCAACGGCGGUGCGAUCCGCGUCUUUGCUGAUCAGGACACCGGGUCUGGCGUUUUCUGCAGGGGAAACACAUUCUGCGGCAACCGAGCGAGGAACGAAUCGACCAGCAACAUGUACGUGCUGGUGGAGGAGGACGCCAGCGGAGUGUUCAGCUUCUGUGCCCCAACUGCACCCACCAAAACCAAGGUGGACACGCCCAAGGGAGGAGUCAAGUACGGGGACUGUCGCGGAUGCCCCAAGUGAGACCCCACGACAACAGGUCCAUCUCGUCCGCCAGGGAGAGAAUAGGGUGUCGCUCAGUAUCAUCGCCUCCCGUAGC